AUGGCACUUGUAGUAGUAGCGUCUUCAGCAAGUCCAUUAUUGGCAAGUGCUGAUUCUAUUACGAAUCAAGAAUCGAAUACUACUAAUAGCUCUACUGUUCAAACAGGGAAUAGUGAAACUAUUUAUGAAAAUCCGCAAACCGGUGAAAUAUAUACUUCAACUGAAGUUAUCAAGCCUGCAGAUAAAAAUAGUGUAGGAUUACGUUCUGCUUCAGCAAGCCCUAUUUCUGUAGGGAUACUUUGGAAGUACAACACGAAAGCAAGUGGUACACUUUUGAGAAAUACAUUUAGAAAAUGUGCUACAGCAGAAGGAGCAGUCGGAGUUGUGGCAGCAGUUGCAGCGGCAGGUUUAGAAACAGGUCCAGUAGAUUUAGCUUUAGCUGCUUUAGUCGGAGUUGGUACUGUUGCAUUUCAUGGCCGAUUUACUGAGGGAGCAAAUAUGAUAAAUAGUCAUCCAAAUUCUGGUAGAAUCUAUAUGUACCUUGACCAUACAACUUACGAUAAAAUCAGUGGAAAAACUACCGAAAGACCCCAACUAAAAACAAUGUUAGAAUAUAUCCGAGAGGGUGAUAUUGUUGUGGUGGCGGAAUUAGACCGUUUAGGAAGAAGCAGUAAAGAUCUUACAACGAUCAUGAACGAGAUACAACAAAAAGGAGCCACCUUGGAGGUUCUCAAUUUACCCUCUAUGAAUGGGAUUGAGGAUGAAAAUCUUCGAAGAUUGAUCAAUAACCUAGUCAUAGAAAUCUAUAAGUAUCAGGCUGAGUCAGAACGAAAAAGAAUACGAGAACGCCAAGCCCAAGGAAUUGCCCUUGCUAAACAAAAGGGUCGUUUUAAAGGCGGAAAAAGAAAAUAUCAAGAAAAUGAUCCCCGUCUUCAACUUGCAUUUAAACUCUUUUUAGAGGGAGCUACAGAUAAAGAAGUAGAAGAAAAAACAGGAAUCAAUCGCAGAACUUUCAAGCGCUAUAGGUCACGAUAUGGAGGUGGCGCGAUUGCGGUACCAAUGAUUAAAGCAGAUAGCACAAGCACAGGAGAUAGUCAGGCGAAAGAGGUUGACAGUAGUAACCAGUUAUUAGUUUCACAAAGCAAGACUGUUAUUCCAAAUAUGAUAGGUACAUCAAGAGCCUCUGAUCGGGAAGUUCAUGUUGAUGGUGCUGAUUUAUCAAAAUACUUCACAACAAAUCGGUCUGCCAGUAUUUCUGGAAAUGUGGCAACGCUAACGAAGGACUACAGAAGUCAAGUAGGAAAUAUAGUUUUAAACACAAAAAUUGACCUACUUGAAAGUUUUAAUAUUCAAGGUAAAGUGAAUUUAGGUAAUAAGAGUCAGAAAGCUGGGGGAGCAGAUGGAGUAUCGUUUAUAUUCCAACCUGGAAAUACCUCUGUAAUAGGGCAACAUGGUGGCGCCAUGGGGCUUGGGGGUACAAAAGGUGCUUUUGGGUUCAAACUAGAUACUUUCUGGAAUGCUCCUGGAACUGGCUAUGGUGCUGACCCGUUGCAAUUUCAAGGAUCAAAUACUACUGGUAAGGGAGUGGCUUUUGGGGCUUUUGUAAAAACUGAUGAAUCUGGAACAACUGUAACUGAAUCUGAAGGAGCAUUACAAAUAUCAGAGCCAUCUAACAAUAAUUUUAUACCAAUUAGUAUUACCUACGAAACACAAAAUAAUAUACUUACUGUUCAGUAUGAUGGGAAAACAUUUUCGAAAGACCUCACUGCUUGGUUAGGAAAUAAUAAAAGCAUGUCUUUUGCUAUAGCAGCCUCUACAGGUGUAGGUCACAAUUUACAACAGUUUCAACUGGACAGUUUUGAUUAUGUUGAAGCUGAAGGAAAAGUUGUACAACACUAUGUUGACACAAAUGGGGCCACUAUUUCUCCUGACGAGGAUCUUUUAGGAAAACUAAAAGACCCCUGGACCUCAAGUCCAAAGACGGUUAGCGGAUACGUUUUUGAAUAUUCUAAAGGCAAGACUUCAGGCUUGUUUACUGCAGAUGAUCAAGAAGUAACACAUGUAUAUAGAAUAGAAACAACAAGCGAGAGCGAUAGCGCUUCGACUUCUGAAUCGGAUUCAACAAGUAGCUCUAUUUCUAUGAGUGACUCAGCUUCCCAAAGUGAUAGCGAUUCUAUAAGUGAUUCAGAAUCACAGAGUGAUAGUAUCUUUCCGUCUCAAUCAGAUAGUGAUUCUAUGAGUGACUCCGUUUCAGGUAGCAUUUCCCUAAGUGAUUCAGAAUCACAGAGUGAUAGUAUCUUUCCGUCUCAAUCAGAUAGUGAUUCUAUGAGUGACUCCGUUUCAGAUAGCAUUUCCCUAAGUGAUUCAACUUCAAUCUCUGAUAGUGAGUCAAUGAGCGAUAGUAUGAGUGACUCCGUUUCAGAUAGCAUUUCCCUAAGUGAUUCUGCUUUGAUCUCUGAUAGUGAGUCAACGAGUGAUAGUACGAGUAACUCCGUUUCAGAUAUUAAUUCCCAAAGUGAUUCUGCUUCGAUCUCUGAUAGUGAGUCAAUGAGUGAUAGUAUGAGUGACUCCGUUUCAGAUAGUGAUUCAACAUCCGAUUCCGUUUCAGACAGCAAUUCCUUAAGUGAUUCUGCUUCGAUCUCUGAUAGUGAGUCAAUGAGUGAUAGUAUGAGUGACUCCGUUUCAGAUAGUGAUUCAACAUCCGAUUCCGUUUCAGACAGCAAUUCCCAAAGUGAUUCUGCUUCGAUCUCUGAUAGUGAGUCAAUGAGUGAUAGUAUAAGUGACUCAGUUUCAGAUAGUAACUCAACAUCUGAUUCAACAGUAACUCAACGUCUGACUCCGUUUCAGACAGUAAUUCAACAUCUGAUUCAGUAA